GCAGACGGCACAUUGGUAAACAAAUUUCCACCCCGAGCAGAAGUUAUUGACCCGCAGAGAUUGUCAGUUUUUUUGUAGGCACUGCACCUCACGCAAACGAAAGCAUCUCAAUCAAAAUGCCACGCUCUGCCUGGGUGGAAAUUUGCCUCCUGCUAACCGUCACAAUCGCCACCACAGUAUGGGCAGCCGAUGCCGACAAAGUAGUGUUUCAGUUUCCCGAGUAUGAUUUUAAGGAGACGAGCAAAAAUGAGCUCACAUUCCGCGAGUACGAAUCAGCCUGCGACCAAAGCAAUCGAUGUGCGGAGUUUGAUGGCAUCGAAAGGACACGGUGCGUGCGGGAAUGCAUUUCGCCAUCCUGCUACCAGGAAAUAUACAAGUUCGAUGAGCUCGAGGAAGGCGAAAUCGAUGUACGACUGAACUCAUUCCGUGCCUGUUUUAUGCAACGACUCAAUCGCAACCGUGGCUAGAAAUCAAGCAAAUCGCAUUUGUGCUCAUUUGGAAAGCACAGUAUUCGAUCGACACUCUUGGCCUGAUCACUGUUCAGUAUUUGUUAGUAGUUGUAGUAGUAGCCAAUGUAGUAGUAGGACACUUUUCAGCGUCUUUACUUACCAAUUCCUUCCGUCAAAAGCGGACCCAACAUGAAUCAAUCAAUUUUUGGUAAUAAAUAGUAUAAUUAAACAUG